AUGUUUUUCAAACUCCUUGGUCGUCUGCUUCGUGUUGGAUACAGGUGGCUUAGAUUCCAUCUUCUCGACCCAGCUCGCAACCAAGUUACCAUUCUCACUACCAUCUUUUUUGAUGGAAAAAAUGCAUCUUUUUGGAUGUCUGAAUCUGAUUAUAUCAUACUUUCAUCUCUAAAUGCAACUAUCAGAUUAUUUAGAAGUGAUUCUUGGAAACCAUUUAGUCAAGCUCAAAAUUUUUAA